GACUUCCGGUGGAGUGUGUGGCGGCGGGAGCGUGUGGUGGCGGCGGGUCGGGAGCAGCCAUGGCGUACCGCGGGCAGGGCCAGAAGGUGCAGAAGGUGAUGGUGCAGCCCAUCAACCUCAUCUUCCGCUACCUGCAGAACAGGUCAAGGAUCCAGGUGUGGCUUUAUGAGCAGGUGAACAUGCGGAUAGAAGGCUGCAUCAUUGGCUUUGAUGAAUAUAUGAACUUGGUGCUGGAUGACGCAGAGGAGAUUCACUCCAAAACAAAAUCAAGGAAGCAGCUGGGUCGGAUCAUGUUAAAAGGGGACAAUAUCACUCUUCUACAAAGUGUUUCUAACUAGAAAUCACUGUUCUUCACUUAGGGCAGUGAUUGCAGUUCAGGGUGGUUUGGAGUGAAUGAAGAAAGUGCUAGUGGGAGUGUGACCUGCUGGUAGAUAGAAAGAUAUGUGUAACUGGUGUUGCAUGCUGAGCUAAAAAGUCUCCUCCUUUUGUGGGAGUAAUUUUUUUUGUAGUUUGAAACAAUACAGGAUGUAUUUCCCAAAUAAACAUUUUUCACAUUGACUGUAAA